GCGGCGGGCGGGCUGAGGCGAGCGGAGCCCGGGCGGCGUCGAGCGGGGCGAGGGGCGCGGGCUGGAGCCGCUGCCCACCGGCCCCAGAGCCGGGGAGGGCUGCGAGAAGGGUUAGUGCGAGCUCGCCUGUGCGAGAACCCGCGCCGCAACCAUGGGGAACCGCGGGAUGGAGGAUCUCAUCCCGCUGGUCAACCGGCUGCAGGACGCCUUCGCCGCCAUCGGGCAGAACGCCAACCUCGACCUGCCGCAGAUCGCCGUGGUGGGGGGGCAGAGCGCCGGCAAGAGCUCCGUGUUGGAGAAUUUCGUUGGGAGGGACUUUCUGCCACGUGGAUCUGGCAUUGUAACCAGGCGCCCACUGGUCCUUCAGCUGGUAAAUGCCAGCACAGAAUAUGGCGAGUUCCUACACUGCAAAGGAAAGAAAUUCACCGAUUUUGAGGAAGUCCGUUUGGAAAUUGAGGCUGAAACAGAUCGUGUUACUGGCUCCAACAAAGGGAUUUCCCCUGUGCCCAUCAAUCUUCGAGUGUACUCUCCCCAUGUCCUGAACCUGACCUUGGUGGACCUGCCGGGUAUGACAAAAGUCCCUGUAGGGGAUCAGCCCCCUGACAUCGAGUUCCAGAUCCGAGACAUGCUCAUGCAGUUUGUCACCAAAGAGAACUGCCUCAUCUUGGCAGUAUCCCCAGCCAACUCUGAUUUGGCCAAUUCGGAUGCCCUGAAGAUCGCAAAGGAGGUGGAUCCUCAAGGUCAACGCACCAUUGGGGUCAUCACCAAGCUGGAUCUUAUGGAUGAAGGAACUGAUGCACGAGAUGUAUUAGAAAACAAAUUGCUUCCCCUCCGUAGGGGUUACAUUGGUGUGGUCAACAGAAGUCAGAAGGACAUAGAUGGCAAGAAGGACAUUCAAGCAGCUUUGGCUGCAGAGAGAAAGUUUUUUCUCUCCCACCCAGCCUACAGACACAUGGCUGAUCGCAUGGGAACCCCCUUCCUGCAGAAAGUACUGAACCAGCAAUUGACCAACCACAUCCGUGACACACUGCCAGGGCUGCGGAACAAGCUCCAGAGCCAGCUCCUCUCCAUUGAGAAGGAGGUGGAGGAGUACAAGAGCUUUCGCCCUGAUGACCCCGCUCGCAAGACCAAAGCUCUGCUUCAGAUGGUCCAGCAGUUUGCUGUGGACUUUGAGAAACGCAUUGAAGGUUCUGGAGACCAAAUUGACACCUAUGAGCUGUCGGGAGGAGCUCGGAUCAACCGCAUCUUCCAUGAGCGUUUCCCCUUUGAACUGGUGAAGAUGGAGUUUGAUGAGAAGGAGCUGCGGCGGGAGAUCAGCUACGCCAUCAAGAACAUCCACGGUAUCAGAACCGGUCUCUUCACACCUGACAUGGCCUUUGAGACCAUUGUGAAAAAGCAGGUGAAGAAGAUUAAAGAGCCUUGCCUGAAAUGCGUGGACAUGGUCAUUUCGGAGUUAAUCAAUACUGUUAGACAGUGCACCAAGAAGCUCAGCCAGUACCCUCACCUGCGUGAGGAGAUGGAGAGGAUUGUCACCACCCACAUCCGUGAGAGAGAAGGCAGGACCAAGGAUCAGGUCAUGCUUCUAAUAGACAUUGAGCUGGCUUACAUGAACACAAACCACGAGGAUUUCAUUGGCUUUGCCAAUGCUCAGCAGAGGAGCAGCCAGAUGAGCAAGAAGAAGGCAGCUGGUAACCAGGUGAUCCGGAAAGGCUGGCUCACCAUCAACAACAUUGGGAUCAUGAAGGGUGGCUCCAAGGAGUAUUGGUUUGUCCUGACAGCAGAGAACCUCUCCUGGUACAAGGAUGAUGAGGAGAAAGAGAAGAAGUACAUGUUACCAGUGGAUAACCUGAAACUGCGAGAUGUGGAGAAGGGAUUCAUGUCCAGCAAGCACAUCUUUGCUCUCUUCAACACUGAACAGAGGAAUGUUUACAAGGACUACCGGCAGCUGGAGCUGGCCUGUGAGACCCAGGAGGAGGUGGAUAGCUGGAAAGCUUCCUUCCUUCGUGCAGGAGUCUACCCAGAGCGUGUUGGGGACAAGGACAAAGCCAGUGAAGCAGAGGAGAAUGGAGGAGAUAGUUUCAUGCACUCCAUGGAUCCUCAGCUGGAGAGACAAGUGGAAACGAUCAGGAACCUGGUGGAUUCCUACAUGGCAAUUGUCAACAAAACCAUCAGAGACCUCAUGCCGAAGACAAUCAUGCACCUCAUGAUAAACAAUACCAAGGACUUCAUCCAUUCAGAGCUGCUGGCAAACCUGUACUCCUGUGGUGACCAGAACACGCUGAUGGAGGAGUCGGCGGAGCAGGCCCAGCGACGCGACGAAAUGCUGCGCAUGUACCACGCCCUGAAAGAGGCCCUCAACAUCAUCGGGGACAUCAACACCAGCACCAUCAGCACCCCCAUGCCCCCACCGGUGGACGACUCCUGGCUGCAGGUGCAGAGCGUACCGUCCGGACGCAGGUCCCCCACGUCCAGCCCCACGCCGCAGAGGAGAGCUCCUGCAGUGCCCCCCGCCAGACCUGGGUCUCGCGGACCAGCUCCUGGGCCACCUCCUGCUGGUGGCUCCGCGCCCCCUGUGCCCUCCAGGCCGGGUGCCUCUCCUGAUCCCUUCGGGCCCCCUCCUCAGGUUCCUUCUCGGCCUAAUCGUGCUCCUCCUGGUGUUCCCAGCAGAAGGGGCCCCGCCUCACCUACUCGACCUACCAUAAUCCGACCGGCUGAACCGUCCCUCUUAGAUUUAUAACUUGAGGCUGUAGACAGCUGGCGACGAGUGCCGUGCUGGUGGCUUCCCCAUUCCACCCUCCCUUCCACAGCCACAGUCACUCCUCUCAUCCAUCCCACAUCCCUGCCUCCCACCACCCCUCCCUGGUGUUUUGUAAAACUCUAGCCUAGUGAUUGAGCUCUUCGUCUUCGCUCGUGCGUCCUGUAUUGCUUUGUAAGCAUAGAGUAGCCUUCAUUCAGUGGCAUGGAUCCCUGAAGUACACAGGCUCCUUGGAGAGAUCAGCCACAGGGACAUCCUUAGAUCCAAGUGCUGGCUGUCCAUCCAGUAAUUCCAUCUAGCCUGGAUAAAUGUCCUGCCUGCACCAGUUAGCUGUAGCACCCAGGACUGAGCUGUAGCUGUCUUCUUUCCUUGUAGAUUAAGGCAAAAGCGUGGCUUAGCAAAAAAUAUGCUGUCAGAACACAUGACACCCGUUAGGAACAGAUUAAAUGUCCUGUGUAUUAGCUUGACUUCUAAGGUGCAAAAAUUUCAUGUUGGGAACAGUGCAAUCAACUUCAUAUCAAAGUGAGGCAGGGAGAUCAGUAAAGGGGGGAAUCAGUGGAUCAGUCCAGUCCUGCCAGAGUGAAGUGUGAGAUAGCACACACACCUCAGCGUGCAGGGUGCUCACGGACCUGCUCACACUCGGCUCCCACUGGGGACACACUGGCUCCUGCCAGCUGGUGUCUUGCAGCACCAUUUUUGGCUGACUUUCCUGAACCCAGCAGGGCGAGGGGAAUAGACAUGCUGCUUCCCCCUUGCAAAUGGACAGCCAAACAUUUCAGGGAGUUUGCUGUGUGGUGUUUUGUUGAAAAUAUUUCUGCUUUGAACUAAGCACAUCUUUCAGUGUUUUUGGGGUACUGUGGUGACUUCUUCUGUAGCCUUUUCUUGCAUGUGGAUGGUACGUGUUUGGGGAAACUUGUAACUGUUGUUGAACACAACUCAUCUUAAGGUUUGGUUUUUCCUUUUCAUGCUACAUGAUUUAAAAAAAUAAAAAAAAAAAACACUUGAGAAUUAAAAAAAUAUAUCAACCCUAUACAUCUCAGAUGUCAUGUCUCUACCAGAGCUAAAUGAACUACCUGUGUUGCAGGCUGUCCUCCAGGCCUGAUUCCUGUUGCAGUUCUCUUGUUUCAGUGCUAUUACUCUUAAUUGUGGAUCCUCUAUUGUUCUGAUGCCAGUUCCUUUCUGUAUUUUAACUAUUGUUUUACUACUUCUCGCCCUUCUCCUUCCCUUUCCCUUUUUCUUUGUUUUUCUUGUCUUUAACCUCCAGCCGGCCGGGUAAGGCCAGUCCCGCCCGCCCGGAGAGCCCAAAACCACCAUUUGACAUGUAGGCCUGCUCCCUCUGAGACUCUUUGCCUGCCUCUUAGCUGUUCUGUCCUGGAAUGGUCUGACUCGAAUCUCACACAUGGCUUGUUUUGUUUGUAAUUUGUGACACACACAUAUCAGAUGUGAUUGUAGUGAAACUGUUUUUGGGGUUUUUUUGUUUGGGUUGUUUUGGUUUUUUUUUUUUUUUCUUCCCAGCUGCUUAAAGGAGUUAAACAAGUAUAUUGUAGUAAUGAGAAACAUAUCUUUACUGUUAUAAAUAUCUAUAAAUAUAUAUAUAAGAUGAAAAAUCUAUAUAUGUCCAGGUGUUAAAAGCCAUUUGUGCUUCCAUGUGAAUUUUAGGAAAUACUUAAGUAGGAAAAGAAUAUCUAUAUACAUAUAUAUAUACAUACACAUCCAAAAAAGUUAACCAAAUCCCAAUGUUGAGAUUUUGAGCUGAUUGUUAAAUUCUCUGCUGUGUGCAGUUGGGUUAUUGUAUUACCCCAGACUUGUGGGUGAACUGUCUCAGUGCUGGUAGUAGCUGUGAUGCAGUUUGUGAUCUACCUGUCACUCUUGUUUAUUAGAUGAAAUAAACUCUCAUUUCUGUAUAAUGAAGGUGUCCAUGACUAGAAUAAAACCAUCUCUCUCUUUCUCUUG